ACGAAGAACCGGCCGAUUUUCGUCAGUGGAAUCGAUUCGAACAGCAGCGAGGGCCCAUUCAAGUGUGUCUUUUCCCCAAGGGAAUUCACCUGUCGAAAUGAAACGUUGCUCCAUCCUCUGUUCUUUCACAUUUGCAUUACUGACUUCCGUCUCAGCUUGGCCGUUUUGGCGUCGAGACGUUCUAGAUAAUGCGGUUGACAGUCCUGACGGUGUGAUCGCUCAUCUGCAACACUUUGGCGAGAUGCUGUAUCGCAAUCCGGACAAUGAAACCGGUGCCGUUGUGGCGAACUGGCACGAGGGCUGGGACCGCAACCCGGAAGAAUUGGGCAACUACGCGGAGGGUGAUAUCCUGUUUCCGCCUCAACUCGAGAAGAAUGGCUUGAAAGCAGAAGCUGCGCGAUGGCCCGGCGGUGUAGUACCAUAUAUGAUCAGUCCUUAUUUCAAUACGGAGCAGAAGAACUUGAUUUACGAAGCGAUGAACGAUUACCACAAGUACACGUGCGUUAAAUUCAAACCGUAUACCGGCGAGGAGAAUGAUUACAUCAGACUCACGGCUGGUAAUAGCGGUUGUUGGAGCAGCGUGGGAAGAGUUGGUGGUCGACAAGAUGUGAAUCUUCAGGUUCCAGGGUGUUUAGUGAAGAAAGGUACGGUGAUACACGAAUUGAUGCACGCCAUUGGAUUCCUGCACGAGCAAAGCAGAUUUGAGAGAGACGAGUACGUCACGAUCCAGUGGUAUAACAUUUUGAACAACCAUGUUGGAAAUUUUGAGAAGGCUUCGAGGGAAACCACCGACGCGUUCGGGGUCGGAUAUGAUUAUGGCAGCGUAAUGCAUUACUCCGCAAACGCGUUUUCCAAGAACGGACGUCCCACCAUAAUGCCAAAAAGUGUGACGAAGGUUCAACUGGGUCAGAGAGAGGGAUUCAGCAAGAGGGACAUACAGAAGAUCCGAAAAAUGUACAAAUGCAACAAACGCAGACGGAGCAGCUAUUGAUUGCCAGAAAUGUGGUCGAUCAAGCCUUGAAGCUUUUUCGCGGGGGUUUUUAUCGAACCGUAAGCGUAAAGAGAAUCUAGUCCUUUACAAUGAAGUAUAUAUUUCGUUGCUUUUAAACGACGAUUCAGCUUUGGUUUGACCAAGGUUGAUAAAAACAGAAAGUAGAAAGUAAAUCGCUAUCGACGAAGCAUUGUGUAUUCGGAAAAGAGCUUUUUUAUCUAUAUGUGUGUUUGUGUGUGUGUGUAUAAGAAAAUAUUUGUAUUUAUGAGCAACAGUAAAUAAA